AUCACGCGCCUGUACGACGAGCGCGAAGCGAUGGAGAAAGAGAUGGCGGCGAUAAGCGCGCGGCUCAGCAGAGACGGAGCGCCCGGCAUGCGCGGCGCGCUCGUCGACGACGAGGGGUUCCCCAUCCCGGACGUGGACUUAUACGCGGUGCGAGCCGACCGCGGGCGGUACGCGACGCUCAGGAACGACCACGACGACAUAACGGACGCGAUCGAGCGCGCGAUGGCGUCGCUGCACGCGGUCGCGAGCGCGACGCGAGGGGUGGGCGCCGUGGACGUGAACGCGACGAUGAAUCCGCGCGCCGCGCGGCCGCCCGCGGGGACGGCGGCGUUCGCGGUCGUGGACGAGAUGCACGGCGGUUCGCCCGCGGCGUCGGCGGGGCUCAGAUUGCACGACCGCGUCAUCGCGUUCGGCGGCGUCGAACGCGGGGCGGAAAACGAAAACAUCCUCCCGCGCGUCGCCGCGCUUCUCGCGGCGAAGGAAGGCGCGGAGGUGCCGGUGUGGGUGACGAGAGGGACGGACCGCGUCCGGGUGUUCGUGACCCCGGCGAAGUGGGAGGGAAGAGGGUUGCUCGGGUGCCACAUGCGCCCGCUG